UUGACGCACCACGCUCAGUUGGAUUAUAGUAUUGCGCGCUGGUCUUUCACGGGGCUUUUCUUCCCCCCUCUCACGCUGCAUACACCCAUGCCACUGACCGGCAAUCGAUUCAUGAUCGGGAUCAAUAUUUCUCCUCCACGGUGACCUCUACUGAGCUUCUUUUUUUUUUUUUUUUUUUUUUUGGGGAGAACCGAGCGCUGCCGCUGCUCCCUCUCCGGACGCGUGUUGAGAAUUAAUAACCCAGACAGCCUCACCUGGAGUGUGUGCGUGUGUGAAGUGUUUGUAAGAGUGUUUUCCUGGGAUCACAUCAAGGAUCGAGGUGUCUGUCUUAACUGAGUGAGUGCGUGAGCUGAAGCAAAGCCAAACGCAAAACACGCCGGGGGGAUUUGGGCACCGCAUGCCGGGGACAUGUGGAAGUUUGCGCCGCUGUAGCGCAGCCAGAGAGCCGGUCCACCGCCUCACCGAGCUCCCCUCUCCCUGCCCGGGGGGGGGCAACAUUACCACUUCACAACCCCUUAACACACCGAAACCCCCUCUGAGAAGACCCCAAAUGUAAAAAUCAGAGCGAGAAAUUAAAAAAAACAAAAAAAACAUACGCCUGCGGAGGGAGGACAACGCGAAGGAGCACGGCGUCCCGUUGUUGUUAAGAGUUUUGGUGAGCUCUUUCGGGGGAUUUCAGGGCUCUAAUCUUUGACGUCCCUGAUAGAUUUACUUGUUUUCAUUUGGCCCCCCACUUGCCGCAGUGAUGGUGGGAGCCGUGAGCCCCGCUAGCCGCUCCUCGGUGUCCGCGCCGGGGCUGCUGCUGGUGGCUGUUUUGGCCCUGGUCCUCCUCCUGUCCGGCGGAGCGGACGGCCAGCCCUGCCCAGCGCAGUGCUCCUGCACCGGGACCACGGUGGAUUGUCACGGCCAAGGGCUCCGCAGCGUGCCCAGGAAUAUACCCCGCAACGCGGAGAGACUGGAUCUGAAUGCAAACAACCUCACCAAAAUCACCAAGGCGGAUUUUGCAGGACUGCGACAUCUGCGAGUGUUGCAGCUAAUGGAGAACAAAAUCAGCACCAUUGAGAGAGGAGCCUUCCAGGACCUGAAGGAGCUGGAGAGACUGCGCCUGAAUCGGAAUAAUCUGGCCGUCUUCCCCGAGCUGCUUUUCCUGGGAACGACGAAGCUCUACAGACU